UUACUUGGAGAUCGUGCAUGUAACUACUCUAUUCUUAACACCGAUUGAAUUUCUUUUCAAUCCACGUAAAACAAAGGUCAGUAACUAUAUUUUAUUAGUAAAGAAAUGUAUCUAUGUGUUUGGGAUAUGACUGGCUGAGGGAAGUAACUAAAGUUUUAUGUUAUCAGUUCAAGUUUCUAAACUUUGAUCACAUAAAAAGGGUGUAAUUCAUUUUACCUGCAAAACACAAAGGACCUCUUAUUGAAGAGCUUGUCGUCCAAGUUGAAGUCUUAUUUCUUAAUUAAUUGAUUUUUUUAUUUCAUUUUUUUGCGUUCCUUUGUUCUUGUUUCUUUUGUUUCAGACUGACGAAGAAACGACGGAAACAAUCAUUGUCUAAAAAUGUACUUCUCGGCCCUUGCGCUUUGUAUACUCGCUUCUGUUGUCAUUCAAGACACUGCUAGGUAACUUAUGUUGUAGAGUAAGUUAGAGCAAUAUGAUUAUCAACGUAAAACGUGAAGCGGGGGAAUUUUCGUGAACGGUUUGUUUUGAAACCAUAAUGUGUUUUGAUGCUAGAGCGGUUUUCAUUUGAGUGUCGAAAAGUAAUUGGUUUUGCACUUUCUACACGAUGAGAUUGGCUUAAAAGAUUCGCGCCACCUUUUCAUCCAAUCAGAAGUAAGACCAAAGCCAAUUGUGACGCGCUCGCAUGCAUUUUCCCGCGCUUUGCGUCAGCCACAUGUAAUUACUUCGAGUUUUGAUUGGUUCAAUGUAUUGUCUGUGUCCUAUGUGAUUGGCCAGAGUAAUUACUUUGGUUUUGGUUUUACGACACUCAAACGAAAACCACUCUAAGCGCUGUUCAAGAUCUGUUUCAUAGUCUCUUUUACUUUUCGUUACAGAGGCCAUGAAGUAUGUAUCGAUUGGAUGCUUCAGAGAUAAGAUGAUAAGACCCAGGCCCCUUCCUGAACUGCUGAAAAACUUUCGAACACAAAUUGACUGGUACAAUUUGAACAAGACAAUCAACGCAUGCGCCAAACAAGCGAAAGAAAAUGGUUACCUCUACUUUGGAGUUCAGUUUUACGGAGAAUGCUGGAGUGGACCACUGGCUCACAUGACUUAUGACAAAGACGGACCAAGCACAGAAUGCAUCGCCGGUGUUGGUAAAGGUUUCGCAAACUCAGUGUAUAUGCUUACUGGCAAAGGUUAGUAUUUGAAUAUCCCCGGCUCAGAUGUAGAAUUAGUGACAGAAAAAUUUGCCCCGUUUUCUCGACUACUCAGUUCAUUAGUGAAAUUCAAAUUCGGACCUGACCGAAUUGUUCAACCUGCGUGUACGAUCAGUCCUAAAAAACUGUAUUCAUAAAAAAUAACCAACUUUCAAGUGAAUAUUAUUUAGCACGAAAGUACUAAAUAAUUAAAGACAUCGCGUAUACAGUUGGAGACAAGACCACCAUUUCUACCAGAACAUCUGAGCGUCUCGUCGCCUCGCUUCGUCGUGAGUUUACUUUGGACCCUGAUUUUUGUUCGGCCUUGGGAACAGAACCCACGAUUCCCCUCUUUUUAGUGGAGCACUCUACCGACUGAGCUAGGCCUGUUAGAAUUAAAACAAUCUUUUCAAAUGUCAAAAGUGGUGAAGGUUCUCUCAGUCUACUUGCCCUGUUAAAAGCGGCUAGUGAUCAUGAAAUGGUCGGAUAGACUGAGAGUUCAACAAAAGGUUGCCUUCAGCGCCUUUUUCCAAGAACAGUAUUUUAACCAAAUGUUUGAGAAGUUCUGAACAGUUCAAAUAAAAGAUAAAACGAUCGUGCCAUGAAUUUAGAUAGGAGACAAAAGUUAAAUUAAGGCCUAGAGAACGGCGGUGUAUUUUUAACUUACGUACAUUAUGCAAUAAUUUGAAAAACCCUUUUUAUUUUUCAUAGUGGUCAGUGAAACUAACAUGAUUGAUAAGUUAAAUUUGUGCGCCAAUGCUUGGAGUGAGAUAAAAGAAUUCCACGCUGCUUUUUUCUUGUCAGAAAAUGAAUGUUCCGAUUAUGCUACCCUGAGUUCCACUGACAGAUCCAAGGCGCACGUUACUGUUGGUCGCCCAAAGUGCGAUCACUGGACAUAUGGUUUUCCACUUCGCUGGUACAGAUUCACUGGCGGAGCAGGCCAGGCGAUUGCGAAUAAAUGCGUAAAUUCAAGGCGGUGUCAAACGUAUAUGAGUGGAUGGAUGGACGGUCAGCAUCCAAAGGUUAGUUAUAAUCCAUAUUAUUUCAUUCAUUCAAAAUAUUCAGUUCACCCUUUCUGAUUGGCCCUAUUGCCCCGGCUAACAGAGGGUUCAUAACCAACUGGCGCUUACCAUAUUUGGAAGGUGGGAGUAGUUAUAAAAAUACUCCUCGAUCUGCAUAAUUCUUCACAUCCUACUCAGCCUCAUUCAAUAACUGCUAAUUAUGAUUUAGCAAAGCUGCAUGUGUAAGGCUGCAUGGUGUUGGGGGCACAAGUUAGAGUACUCAACCAAAAAGUAAAGAUAAUCCUUUUUAAAAUUGUAUGUUUUUAGGUUGUUGAUGGAAUCGAAAGCAGGCGUGUAUGCUUCAGCUGGGGGAACAAAUGUUGUUAUCGUUCGUCAAAUAUAAGUGUCAGGAACUGUGGAAAAUUUUACGUCUAUAAACUUCCUUCUACUGUAGGCUGUCAUCAGCGAUACUGUGGCAAUGGAAUACAAAACAAAUAAAUUCGAAAAAUUGUCAACAGCAAAUUUCUGUCAGUUCUAGCUAUAAUUUAAACUAAGACUUUCUGUUUUGAAUUAAUAACGCAGGAAAAUAAGGCCAGAUACAUACAGGCGGUUUAACCAUACUUAGGCAGCACUGCGGGGGCACAUUUUGAAGCUGAACCCAUGUCAACAGUAGUUCAGUAAAACUCACUAGUGCUAUCGUUUUUCUAAUAAGUCUAAUAUUAAUAUAUAAUUAGAGACAAGAUUAUUAUCGUUAUUUAUUCAUUUAUUUAAAUAUUUCUAGCUUAUUUAUUUAUUUAUUUAUUUAUUUAUACAUGUAUUAUUCAGUGUAAUAGAAAAAAUAAAAAUGUAAAAACUGCCCUUGCGAUAUGUUUUAACUUAGACAUAUAGAAUUUAUUCUGUAUAUUUUUUGUAUAUCUGUGGUCAAAAGAAAUAAAUGAAUUAAAUAAAAAUCAAUUUGAUUUGACUGCUUUUAAAAGGAACUUGAAAUCAGCGUUUCGGUAGUAGGGCCGGUGUGGAUAUCGAUCGUGCAAAAUUCCAGUUGGAUGUGCGAAGUUUCGAGGUAUUGCUCCGUAUUGUCGCGGUUAUGGUUCGAUCUAAAGCCAGGUAGAAUAAAAUUGGUGUCGAUCCUCGAUCUGAUAAGGGGAAAGGCGAUUAGAGAAAUUUCGGCAUGGUUUUCUUUGUAUUAAAACACCUUAAGCCGAAGAAUAGUUUACUCUCAACAACACUGGAAAUUAAUGCAUGGGGAUGCGAACCAUCAAUAAUCUUUUCAAAUAACCACUCCGCUGGGAAACAAUCAUCUGAGGUGAAUCUGGGCCAGCUACAGGUGAUUCAUUCAUUAACUGUCGGUUAAGCAAAUAAGGAAAUGAAAACCAUAUUCAUUUGGCUUUUUUACUAUUAAUAUCGGUUGUACCAAGUCGAGGAUAAUGUAUCGGACUUACGUUGUCUGGCCACACUAUAAUUUUACCCAUAAAACUAAAAUAUUUAAAAAAAAAGAAGACUCUAGGUGUUUGUACAUUAACCAGUGUGUGUGUUUUGAAAGGUACGUCCGUCAUUCAAUAUCCCGGAAAGUCAUCGGACUGAAGUGCGGCAAAAGGGAAAAGUACACUUCCAUUGUUUUUCUAAACACGGAAGACAAUCAAGCGGGGCUUGACGUCAACUGAAACAUUUCUCCUGUUCAGUUAAUUAAUUCACGAUUGGAUGAUGUGGCAUGUUCAUUUUUAAAAGUUGUCCAUUUCGUUACAAGUCAAAAGUACAGCCAAUUAAGGGAAAUUCUACAAAGUCUUUUUAUCGCAUGACGUCCAACAGUCAGGUGAUAUUCGCUGGUUUCCUGCCCACAAAGAGGCCGGUCCAUUUGCGUGCAAAGAGUGUUUUACGAAUUGCCGAUUGAUUGAUAGCUAUCGCGUCCGUUACAAGUUCAUGCUAGAAUUAGAUCUUGUUGGCACUUAUCAAUUCAUUAUAUGAAGGAGUGAAUUUCUGGUUUGUGUUUAUAAAGUGCUUAAAUCAUGAAUGAUAUUUUCUAAAGAGGCUAUUAGAUCAGAGUAACGUUGUGCUUUUAACAAAAAGAAACAAUAACUGAACUUAGUUAACUUAGUUUGCUAUUCAAUUGUUACAUUUUUCUCUCAGUUUUGUCAGUUAUCAUUUUUAAAUGUGCUAACCGCCUUCUUUUGUAUUAAAACCGGAGAAUCAGUUAUCUGUCCCUGAUGCUUAAUAAAUUUUACUGGUUUGGUUGCGAAUAAACCCAAAACUUUAAGGAAGCACAGCAGAUUUUUAUAAAUAAAAUUCAAUGGUAGUGCCAGUCUGCCUCGAGAUGUCUUUUGCUUCUCUCCUUGAAAUAUAAAUACCUUUUACCGAAUGGAUUCUUGCUCCAUGGCUAAGUAAAAAAACUUAUAAAGACUCACAAGACUUCUUUACUGAUUAAAGUAACUUACAUAGUUGUCGUGUUACACGCCUUAAUUUCAAGAUAAUGCCACAUAGAAAUUUUAAACCCUGCGCUAUAAGUCACGCGGUAGCUUUUUCUAGUUUCCUCCAGUUGUUUCAUUUCAAUGUUCUUUCAGUAGGUAUUCUCUUGGCAGAUCGAGCCCUUAUUCCAAGAAGAAUACAAGAAAACUAAGUUUAACAAUAAAAACUAGGAGGAAUUUAUGAUUCAAGUUGAGAUGAUCAAGGUUUCUUUAAUACAGAAACGUUUAAAUAGCGAAUUAACUAGACCGGAUGGAAGUAAUCGGAAAAGACAAUCAUCCUUUUCAAACAAAAACUAAUGAUACCUUUUCGGUUACUCACUGUUAAACGUUUCGGUCAAAUUAUGAGGGGCGGAUAUGUGUGUUAACUGCUUUUUUCACAUCUUUCUUCCUAGCUUUAUAUAAGGUCAUUCUCUUUACUCAAUGUUCAUGCCCACCAUAAAACUGCAUCCACUCCCGGGUAUAAGUGAAUCAGGGACAGAGCUUUAUAUAUUAAGUAAGCCAAGAUUAGCGGUAAGUAAGUGAUUGAAGUUUUCUGUCUAUUAAAUUGAGUCUCUUUUUUCCUACGGGAAACUGAAUGUUUUAAUUCAAUACUCUUUUGCUCAGAUUUUUUAAACACCUUACAUAAUGCAAUAUGUUGAACAAAAAGUUUUGAAGAAACUUGGAAAUUUAGUCUCAGUACCCAAAGCUGUUACAGCAUUGUACGUAGGCCAUCCUUAUGCAAAUUACACCGGCAAAGCUUAUUUUCUACAACACCGCAAGGACUAUCUUGUAAUUGUGGGUUUUAAUUUUUCCAUUUAAAUUUGGAUAACUAUACAAAAGGAAUGCGUAUAUUGCAAAAUGCUUGGGAAAAAAAGGUAGGAAAAUAAUUCUAAUUAAAAACGGGAAAGAAAAAAUGUUUCCUGAUCCCAGUAAAUUUUCAAAAAAGUAUUAGUUCAUCCGGUCUGUUAAUUGGAGCACUUUAAUUAGGUGUUUCCUUUUGCAUAUUAGCAGAUGGUUACUCAAGAAGCGGUCUGCCUCGCUUUGGUCACCCUGGCCGUCAUCUGUCCAUGGACUUGUGCACAGUGUAAGAUAAUUUAGAAAUUCUACGCAAUUCAGACUAUGAAUUAUAAAAGUUUAAUACUAGGCUAGGUUAAUCCGAGAAACGUUUUGUUUAGCAACACGACCUAACACAUGCAACCAAGAGCCCAAGGCUCGAUCACCAGCCGCUGUUUGGGAAAUGAGCCGGCGGUCCUGCGAGUCCCUCGGGGCGGGCCGAAGAGAGAGGCAUAAAUCGAGCCUACCAAGAGCGAAUCAAAAAUUUUUUUUCAACUAUAUAUAUAUUUAUAUUGUGUUUUCCUUGCAGCUACACCUCACUAUGCCGGGUUCGGUUGCUUUAAAGACAGAUCUACACCCAUGCGAUCACUGAGACUCCUUGCAAGUUAUCGAAACCCCGCUGAUAAUUCAGUUGAUUAGAAUGACUUGAAGACUUCUGUGGUAGACAAAUGCGCACGAGAGGCAAGAAAUGUUUCUUUUAAUAGCAUUCACACGGAUACCUAGUAAAGUCAAUUCAUUUCUUAAAAGAUUUCGUUAAUUCUCUUCUUAACGUUACAAAAUCGAGGGUUAGGGACUAAUGUGAGUGAGGGUACCGGGAAAUUAACAAGCGCGCAGAACGGUGAAAGAAUUGUUUAAAAUAUCCUAGCCCUUCCUUGGAAAAUUAAAUUAAUUUUGCGACAUAUAAGAAAACAAUAUUUAGAAAUUAUGUCAAUUUUCAACAUCCGACUUAUUAACUGUACAUUACAUAUUAAGCACUAUGGGAUCACAUCCUCUGAGACCUCCUUGCCAGACUUGUCAGAUAGGAAAAUUAGACAACGUUCGUUAGCUAUACGAAAAUAUGCAAUACGAAUUAAUUUAAAAAGAGCUAUUAAUUUCCCAUAUUAGGUCAAGAAAACAAACAAACAAAAACUCCUCCACCCCCCCCCCAAAAAAAACAAUAUAAACAAACAAAGGCAAAAUAACUCUAGCUAAUCUGUGAAAGGUUUGAACCCAGGAGUCAUUUCAAAAGUAGGUUGAGUUUGAUCGUCCGGGUCUAGCUAAUCCGUUGUAUUUUACCUAAACAGCUAAGUCAUUAAUUUUCCCUCUUGUAUACAAGACAUUGUCUUUUCUUUCUAAUCAUCAAGGCCGCGGAAGGCUAAAUUGGACUUCUUUGGAAUACAAUAUUAUGGUGAAUGCUGGGGUGGCUCUGAUCAAUAUGACAUUUAUGGUAUAUCGCACAACUGUGUAUCGAUUGGUGGAGCUCAAGUUGGAAAAGAAUGGACAAACUAUGUUUACAUGAUAACUGGAGAGGGUAGGUUGCAGAGUUGCCAUAAAUGACAGAGUUAUACUUGUUAUUAGUUAAUGGUUAAUUUCUAUUCGUUUUUCCUAACUGGUUAACAUGUGGAUUCAAUGCAACUGUUCUACGUCUUACGCAUUCAUUUGCUUAAGAAGGGACUAAAAGUCAUACGAAACAAUUAAAUUGACACUUGGUGGAAUUGUGUAAUCGAUUAUAUUAUUCUCUUUUUUCUUUUCAAGCAGAGUGUACGAACUACAAAACAUUGACGAGUUUCACAAGGUCUCCUACCUAUGAUGUACUUCAAAAUCGCUGUGAUUCCAUUCAUUAUAUAUGGAUGGUUGCAGGAUGGUACAGGUUGGUAGGAAAAUCGUUGCAAAUUCAUCCUGAGGCUUUCUUUCUCUUGUUUGAUUUUGGUGUACUCGAGAAUACUCUGUCUGCAUCAAAUCGGGUAAGAUCUUUACUGAGCAUGCGCUGCAUGUUGCUAGGAUACAGUUUCAAAACCAGGCUGCAAUAGCCUCGUACCCUUGGUUUAGCGAGCUCAGCGUUUCUCGUGCUCGUGAAACGAGAUUGACUGGAGGAAACAAGAUUGGCUUGUCCAGAAGUUGGGGCUGCGGCAACUUCAAAGGGUUGAUGGGAUUCAAGCACAGCCUUAAUUUUCUCCACCUCGAUUAAAAAGUAGAAUAAAGGAGGAGUAUGCCAAUGAGGGAACAUCUGUAAACAAAUAUUCGCCAUAUUGAAGGGUACAUCGAAUUUUAAACGUAUUUUUGCCUUAGUGACAUCGUUAUAUUUGAACUGAUUUGUAAUUCAUUACAGUGACGUUGAUCUGGCAUAGAAAGGACCCGAGGUAGCGCGACGUGGCCGAGUGGUUAGAGACCUGAACUUGUAAUCGGGAGUCCCCGAGUUCAAGUCCCACCCUGACCACUAGCCUUGAUUUUCGGUAGUUCCGAGUUCAAAUCCGCGGUCAGGCUUAAAAAAUAAAAUAGCCAAAAUUCUACUCUUACCAGAUGGAAUUCUCAAACCAUGUUAAGUUCUAUUUGAAUAAUUUGUUAAAUUAUUCCUGAAAAGCCCCAUAAGGGGCGAGGAUAAUAAAGUAUUUAUUUAUUCAUAUUUUUAUCCGGCUGAGUUUUAAUUGGUCUAAUCUUGGCAAAUUUCUUUGGAGUUGAAUUCUAAAGGAUUGCAUCAAAGUUCAAGAAAGAAAAAGAAAAUUGUUGUUUUGUGUUCCUGUCCUAGACAAAACGAGAAAUUAGGCAUUUUCACGUUGUAGUCGCGCAGUGACGGCUACGUAAUGUACAAAAAGGAUGAUGCACAUGCAAAGUUGUUGUUUUGCCAAUCUAAACCUAUUAGUUUUUUGCCGUUCUCGUUGCAGUCGCCGUCGUCGUCACUUAAGGUCCCUAAAUUAUUUAGCUGAAUCCGCAAGCGGGAAGAUGAAGCGAAUCCUACAUUCUGAUUGGCUACCUGAGCGGGUAAGAUGGGCUCAUUCUGCGCACUCGGGAUUUGCCGCGUUGGUCCCGCGAUUAAAAGUUCGCUUUUUGGUCACAUAUUAAAUAUUUUAUUGACCAGGAUUGCUCAGUCGAGAUGGCUUGGCCCGCAUUCAUUCAUCUCGACCUAAGGCUUGGUAAAUAACUUACAGUUGUUAAGACACUCCUUGAAGAUUUGACGGUGCUGCUGAAAAAAUGAUGGCUUAUAGAUGUGUACCUUACGGCCACUGUGGAACACGACAACCUGGGUGGUUUAAUGGAAGCUUACCAACAGUGGAGCAAGGCAAAGUAUCAAGCACAGUGUGUUUCAAUGACGGAACUUCAUGCUGCAAAACAAAUGUCAAAAUUUUGGUUCGCAACUGCGGUGGUUUUUAUGUUUACGAUUUUCCACGGUCUACAAAAGAAUGCAACAAGGGGUACUGUGGGGACGGUGAGUAUUGCAAAACACGAGAAACUGUUUUUGAAAAGUGCAAAAACUACGCAGUAGUCACUUAAACUCUACAAGAUUUGUUCUCCGAUAUCACUUUGCCUUUUUUUUAAAUUCUUAACCAGCCAUUGCCGCAUAACCACGGCCAGAGGUGGUUAAUCUGUUAAUUUGUAAGGCACAUUUAGGCAAACUUUGGUACAGGUAAAACAAAACUGAACUCAGGGCUGGUACUACGGCAAAGGGCUGAUUUAUUCUAGGCCAAUAUUUCGGCUAACAAAAUUAGCCUUCCUCAGGGCCAGAGCUAUACCGAGAGAAAUAUCUUUUAACGGCUCCCAAAAUUUGAAUUUAAAAUUCACUUAAGUGGUUAAUAAUUAGCUACAAUUAUAAAAUAGAAUAAUAUACAGGUAAAUGAUUAUCCAAAAAAAAUAGAAAUUGAAAUAGAAACAGUUCAAUGUCCAUUCCUUCGAUCGGUUCAGACCGUCUGGUGACAGGGUUUUGCCUCUGUCUAUGACGUGAAAUUUUUUCACAUAGUCAUUAUAUACUGAAAGAAAACUGUCGGCUUUAGCAUUGACGAGCCUAUACACCUUUCUUAAUUUAUUUAUGUAUUUAGCGUUUGUUGAAUAUUAAAAUAUUUUUACUUUUUUAGGCUCGUAGACCACUGCGCAAUGGAUCAGCUUCCUAAUUUAAAAGAAUACGAAGACGAUACCCGUGACACAAUUGAAGGAAUAUUUUGUAAUCUAUUUAAGAGAAAUAAGGAACAAAUGACUAGUAGUAUCGGAAUUGUGGUUAUUGUAUUUAAUUUAAAGCCACACUUGAAAGUUUAAAGGUAAUGUUACCCGUGACGAUUCGCAACCGCUAUUCUUAGCUCAACACAGCGUUGCAACAUUGUUGCAACAUUGUUUCGAAUAAAUCCAAUAUUGUUCCAACAUUGCAACGAUGUGUUGCGCUAAAAAUCGUCGUCGCGAAUCGUCUCGUGUAACAUCACCUUAAUUUCUCGAUAAAAUAGAGUAUUCGAAGCUUUGGCAAGUAGGUGAAUAAAUAGGCGCUGAAUCAAGUCUCUGUAUAUGUGCUUCAUAACUUUUACAUCAGUGUAUAUAUAUGUAUCAUCGACCUUGCUUAACAGAAAAGCAAACUCAGUUUAGUGAGUUCAGUAAGUCUUAGAUGGACGCAUUAGUGACUUAUUAAAUUAUUUAUUUGACUGUCAAACAAGAGAGCUGGCGUAUUUUCGAGUCCAACAUAAUUUCACUAAAAAGAUUGAAACUCAGAAUGCCUUUUUCAAAGCUUCCACCAAGUUUGAAACUGCAUUUCAUCUCCUGGAAACAGAAAUGAAGAUGAAACCACACAAAUGGGCCACCGGUUCUAAAGGAACCCCUUAUCUGCAAUUAAACAUACAAAAUUAAAAAUUCAGAAAAACAAGGAAAUAGUCUCGUUAUUCUCAUUUUCUGGUCCAAUUGAUAAUUUUCUGGAUUCUUGCAAAAGUUUUCUUGCCUGUUAUGAAAAGAUUUCAUGAAACUGAAAGGAGAAAGAGAGAGGAUGGAGAAACACAAUGUGUUUAAAACGUUCAGUGAUAUUCUUUCGUGAUCGAAGCCCGUUUUGUACGACACAUCACUCAUAAGAAAAAAAAUGGCACGCUGUGUAUGUCUUUGUCCCUUUGCUUUCGUAUAUUGCAAACCAUGAGGGUAAUAAACGCGCCCUCUUUCUACCAUUCUUUCCAACUAUUUUUAAUUCUUUUUAUCUUUCCAAGAGGUUUAAUGAAUAGAAAACGGGGCGGCUUAUGUUGCGAUACCAAAGAAACUGGGAUAAAGAGAGAAAAGAGAAGAAAAGGGAAGAUGAACAAAAUAUGACAUAAAAAAGUGACUCGUGUGACUAAACAAUUAACUGGUUGUUGUCUGACUAAAAACUACUGAGAAUUUUUUUUUUUAAUCAUGUUAGGAAAAAAUAUGGUUUGCUUAAGAAAUUAAUUUCAUCAGGUCCCGGAAUAACUUGAAACUUGAAAAAGAACAAUUUGAACUUGGAGAUUGUCUAAGAAAAUAAAUAAGCGUUUCACCCAAAUAAUCAUUAAAGUCCAUGAAGUUGUAGCUGAUCGUUGAUGAUUAAAAGAGCAGCACACUUUAAAGUUAUGACAAAGAGAACAAAAACUGCGUCCGGUCUUUCAAUUACUAGUAUUGAUAUUUUAAUAAGGUUUGGUCUUACACCUGUAGAAUGCCACGUAUGAAAUGACCACAAGAUACACAAUCAUGAAGUCUGUUUCAACUUUUGUGACAUAUUUACUGGAUCUUUCAAAAACGAAAGACAAAAAGGAAGGUCACUCAUCCUUGUACCUAUCAAGAAACAAGUGACAAUUGAAAGAACAGUUUCCCGACAUGUAGGCAGUUUGGAAUAAUUACGUGGCGCCGUUGGCGUUACGGCUAGAGUUAAUAACAAUUUCAGUUGAAAUUUCACGUUCAAACAGUUUUAUCAUAUCAAUGAAAAACAGUGGGUGAUAUCGAUACCUGCGGUUGGCUGUUUGAUGUGCAUUUAAACAGUGGCACUUGUCACAGUUCACAGCUAAAGGGAGAUCAAUUUAGCUUUCGUAUGCGGAGGAUAGCCAUCUCUAAACAAUACCAACUAGCGUAAACCUUACGGCAGUAUUGUCUUGAUUUGUUUGUUGAGUUCGAUUAAGGCUUAAAUGAAUUAUUUCAGAAAGGUUUAAAAAGAGAGCGUUCAAGAUUGGUAAUAGUGGUCUGGUUUUCGGAGCCUUGCAAUUCACAAUGAGGGUAGCAUUUAUUACUUUUGUGGCUGUUUGCACUAUUUUGGCGAUAGGAGGAGGCAAAAAACAAGGCCUAUUCGCUGAUGCACAAGGUAAGUCAGAUAGAUACAACACGUCAUUGCCAAAUGUAAAGAAAGUCAAAAAGAAUUAUUCUUUUUUAUUCAUAAAGAACGAAAGGAAAGUGAAAUUAAGACCGAUUUUUUACCUCUUGGUUGUCUAGUUGUAGUCAACCAACAACUAGUAAGGUCAAUGAGUUUUACAUUUAGUUUAUGGCGAGUAACUGAACACCAUUAGGAUUUUCAUUGUUUGCAGUUUUUGUUUUCUUUCUGCUCGAAUUAAAACUAAAUACAAAUCUCUAAGAAAAAACAUUCCAUGUACGUAAUCCUGAAAAAUAAAUAAUUUUUGGAAGACUCAUGCUUUUAAUGAUUUAGAAAAAUAAUGAAAUUGGCAAAAGAAAGAUGCCGCAUGCACUGUAUUUUCUAAGCCGGACUUUGUAUAGCUUAUUAUCAAAAAUAUUCUUCCUCGUCGCAACCGUUCCCAUCCCAAUCUUUGGCUCUCCUCUUCUGAAUUGCUUGAAAUCACAUGAACCAUGAAAGGACUUGGUAAGUGAUCCAAUUUUUUUUUUCAAAUUUAAUUUCUUUUUGGUUUUUGUUUUUCGCAAUUAUUUUUGACUCUAUAAGUGCCUGACAAACAUAAUUUCUACCCUUCAAGACCCUUCCCCGAAAAACUCAUCCACGUACCACUGUUUAAUUAGGUUAAACCACUAUGAGCUCGAGCGCGUUUUCCAAUUGGGCAAAAAUUGUCACGUGCCAUGUGUCAGCUCCCCAGCGCGAGCAAAACUUGCUCCUACGUGAUCUCGCCGCCUGCCUUGAAAACGUGGCAAGUUUGCUACAGCGAGCAAAACUCACACGGGUUCGGACAAAUUUUGUGCGGAAAAAUCUUUCAUGGACCCACCUUUCGUUUACGCGGGACCCGCGUAACCGUUUACGUUUUUGAACGGCAAAGCGUGCAAAAAUUUGUAUGGACUCGGGUAAAAAGUACUGCCAUAUAUCCGGCUGUAAGAGCCCCGUACAAAGGGGCUGCAAAGAUAAAAGGUUAAUUUGUCCGCUCAAAAAUUUAUCCGAAGAUCUCACUCGCCCCUGAUUACUUGGUCCGUUUACCUUGAGACAACGGGAAAUUUGUGUGCCAGUCAAGCCAUUAGAGCCGAAUAAUUUUGUUCAGUCUUGGCCGAAGGAUCAAUUUAAAACUUAUUUCAUUUUUGAUAUGGUGGACGUACCGCCUUCAACAAGAUCGGCGAAACAGAACUCACUGAUUCCCUUGCCCUUGGGGCCCGUCAUUUUAAAAGAGUGUUUUAAUUUUAAUUUUAGCACAAUACUCAUCAUAUAUGCAUUUGCUCGUCUUUUUCUUGAAUAUUUAUUUAGAAGUAUGUACUUACACUUUUAUCUAGGCCUCUAUUAACUUUUGACAUAAGUUACUAGUGAGAAUCAUGCCCUGUCCCUUUACUACUUCUUAUAUAUAUUUAGUUAGAUUUAAACUGUUAAAUCCAAUCUAAUGUUUUUUCUUACAGAAUUAAUUUAAUUUUUGAAUGUUAUACAGCAAUAAAAUUUGAGCCAUUGGGCUGCUUUAGGGACGAAACGACAAAUCCUAGACCACUGCCCAUUCUUGUUAAGAACUUCCGCUGGCCAGCUCAAAUCGACUGGAACAAUUUAAACAAGACCAUCGAAGCGUGUGCUAUUAAAGUCAAGGAGGCUGGUUUUGUAUACUUCGGUCUUCAGUUUUAUGGUGAAUGCUGGAGCGGACCUAAGGCUCAUUUAACUUAUCACGAAGAUGGCAAAUCAAACAGAUGUGUAGCUGGUGUUGGAAUGGCAUAUGCCAACUUCGUGUAUCGGCUGGUGUUUGAGGGUACGUACUACAGACUGUCUAAAUACAGUUGGAACCUCUCUUUUGAGGCACCACUUCUAUUUAAGGGACACCUCCAUUUAGACACAAAUUCGCGGAAAACUGAUCUCAUAAUCUUUGUAUUUGGUACUUCCUGAUUGAAGGGACACCUAGAUUCAAGGGAAAGGAACACUUUUUUUGGCCCAAAACCCGGUUUUAACCUUUUAGGGGGCAACUUAGUACUCAAAAAGUGACUGACCACAAGAAGGGUUGACAAGUUCACUGUUUACUGGAGUUAAAAUGUCUACAGCUUUUAAAACAUGAACUACAUCUCACUAAAAUCGACCUACUAAACUAAUAAACUUGUGGGGAUUCAACACACAACCGACAUCGCAGAGACAAUUACAUCAUGACUUUAAUUAUGCAUUAUCUAGCUGCUUGAAACAAUGACUGUAGCAAAUUCUGAGGCAGUCAAGUAAAAGAAACGUAUUUUAUUAAACCGCAGCCCAACCUCCAUUCAGGAUACACUUGCCUUAAUAUAUGGUUCCGAGGGAGUUCCGUGAAUAAAGGUUCCUUGAUCAGUAAUACCUUUUGAAUUACAGCGGAGGCUUUGAAACCGAUUAUAUAGCGAUAUUAAUAAAUACAAUUUCAAGCACGUUUCCUCGUUAAAAAUAUAGAGUAGUCCUGGAUUAGGUUGCUGGGGUCAAAAGGAAUACUUUUAAGAAAGGAACCGCGAAACAAAAUGUCACUACCAUGUCAAUACAAUUAUGGAUUUUUGGAAGGAGCAGUUUAAAAAUCAAUUUUACCGAGUUGUUCUUCGGAAUAAGUGAAAUCCUGGUGCUUCUCAAUAAUCAUGAACAAGACUUUCAAAAGCCUUUGUAUUAAAGACAAAAAUAUUUCUAUUUAUUCAAUUCAAACACUUUUGUAUUUUCACAUGAAUAUGAUCUAUUAAUUUAUUUUUAGAAUGCAAAACCGAGAAUUACAAAGUUCUGGACAGCGCUGAUCGCUCUGUUCACCAUGACUAUGACGGCAGCGCAGGCUGUGAUUACAAUCUUCAACCCGGUUGGUACAGGUUCCAAGGUAAUGCCGGAAGUACCAUGGCCAAUGAGUGUCCAGAUGAAAGAAAGUGUGGUACUAUAGUACCAGGGUGGCUUCAAGGAUCACUACCAUCUGUAAAAGAUGGAAAAGUCACCAGGAAAGUCUGCUUUAAUCGAAGAAAUAAUUGUUGUAGUACGCCAGUUGAGGUAGAAGUUCGUAACUGCGGUGGAUUUUACGUGUACAAACUUCCAAAAGCACCGUACUGCCAAUUGAGAUAUUGUGGAAGUGGUAAACAAGGGGUAAGCUCUUAUUUGAAUCCUUGAAAAUAGUGCAUUUUCUGUAAAGUGCUACCAUUAAACUUCUCUUAUUAUAAUUUAUAAUAUUUCAUAAAACUGUGCAUAUCCAGCUGCAUAAUUAUUUUAAAUCUAAAAGCUACUCCUCCAUUUAAUACUUAAAUCGUUGAAAGGCGAGCGAAGUUACCUCUGAAAAAAAGAACAAACACACACACACAUACACCCACCCACACAAAAAAAAAGCAAAAUUAAGGUAAAGUUUCUUGAAAUUUAUCAGAUGAACAGUGGAAAACUUUUGGCAGCACUACCUGACCUCAAAGGGUAGAACACUUGGGCCUGUGAAACAGACAUAGGGAUCGCCUUUCCCCACUCCCACGGAUGCUUCACCCAUAUACCGCAUUUUUCAUCAAGUCCUCUUGUUUGGACUGGUUUUCGGCUAAUUAGCAAAGAAAUGGCUAAAAAUGAGUUUUUCAACAAUAAAGGCAUAUUUUCCGACUAAUCGGAUGUAAUAAUUAAGCACCUUUUGUUUAUUUUGGCGCAUGGCAUGAUCUUGGGCCAAAUUUUUUUUUGCCAAUCUAUUUCAAUCUUUCUUUCUCGUUCUCAUGUUUCUUCCUUUUUUCCCUUUUACAAAUCUUUUUUAAUACGCAGUUUUUGUCGCCCGCUUUAUCACAUUCUUUAAACCAGAUUUUUGUUAGGUCCAAUAGAUAUUUGCAUUUGCAAAGCCGGAGUUGUAACUGGCUAACGUUUAAAAGGGACUUACUUUUGUGAUAGUUGUUGUUUAAGUAUGCCUUGGUUGUUAUAAUUCAUAAAUAUAUUAUUAUUUUUUUAUUAUUUUGUCUAGGAAUGAAUCACAGCGAUUGAUGUCAGUUAUCUGGAGCAGGGCGCACUACUUAAGAAAAAUAGGUUUAGAAAAUAAUAAUAAUAAAGGAUAACAUUAACAGACAACAUAAAUGUCAAUAAAUUGUUUAUUCGAAUCGCUGAGGGGUGUUUUGAUUGGUCAUUUGCACCAGUGAGAGAGUUACGAAUUGAGGAAGUAGGAAACUGAUUGGGUAUGUUGAGUUUUCAAUUAUAUUUAAAGAUUUGUUAUGCCAUAUCUUUAUAUUUCAAUAUUGGCGUGUAAAGUCUUUAAUCUUCAACGUUUGGCGAGCAAAAGUCGUGAAAUUUUAAUGUUUGGCAUGCAAGAAUCUUUAAAUUUUAAAAUUUAGCAUAACAAAUAUUAAAAUCUCAACUGAGAAUGAUACUUAGUGCCUUAAAGAUCUCCAGCUCUGUCAAAACAGCUGAGAUACCGACCAGUGGGGAGGGGGGGGGGGGGGGGCAACAGUAAAAAGUUGUAAUAAUUUUAUUAUUAGUAAUAAAAUAUUUAAAAAAAUAAAAAAUAAAAAAAAAAAAAAAAAAAAUGAUAAUAGAGAUUGUUAUAGAUGUCAAUAAAACACUCCGCACGGAAAAAAACAGGGAGAGUCGGGGGGGGGGGGGGGGGGGGGGGGGGGGGCACUUGGGUAAUUUUUUGGGUGGGUAUGUGCCUCCCUGGACUCCAAAUUGGCACCCCGUUCUAAAAAAAAAUUUCCCCUAAAAUUGAUACCCCGCUCUAGAAAUGGGCCAAUUUUUUAUACCCCGUUCUAGAAUUCGCCCUAAAACUGAUACCCCGUUCUAGAAAAAGGCCAAUUUUUUAUACUCCGUGCUAGAAAGUUUGUAAAUUGAAAUAGCCCUGUUUUUUUAAAAAGACAUUUCUUAUUUAUUCGACUUAUACAUCAAAUAAAUGCUUGUUCAUAAUCAGCAACAAUUUUAAGCAGAAGAUAAAGCCGUGAUCCACAAUUUUUUAUACCGCGUUCUAGAACAUGUCUCUGAAAUGAAUACCCGGUUCUAAAUCAGGAGCGUCAAAAUCACGACCCCGUUUGGCGCCACAUACCCGUAUAGGUUAUGGGAGUACCCCCCCCCCCCGAGAUACCGACCUGCUCCUGUUUCCUUUUCUGUCAGUGGCCGUCAUGCAUGCAGCAAUUUCCUACCAGUACUAUAUAUUUCUCACAAAUUUUUCGUAACAUGAAACAUGUAUGCAUAAUCAUUGGCUGUACGGAAAUCUUACUGUCAAUUAUAUGUAAAUGUGAUUCAAUUUUCUCGAUGCAUGUCAGAUCUGAUAUUGGCUAACAUCUUGCCUUUUCACGGGUAGCCGGUUAUGAAGAAUUUACGCCAAUCAGAAACGGAGAAUAUUUUGAAUGAAUAACUGGAAUAAUAAUUAACAUUGUAUGUUUAUAUUCAUACUAUUGAUUAAACAACUGUCUGGGGCUGAACGUUAGGCUAAGAAAGGCAUAAAAAAAGCGUUUAGGGGCAUUUACUUGGUGCUCCUUAAGAAUGGAGACAAAUUGUUUCAUGGUCUAGGAUGUUAGUUAUUGGCAGUAAUUCGUCUCCUGUUCUAGGAUGUGAUUUGAACGUAGUCGAAAUUCGAUUCACUCAGGGUUUUUUUUAUAUAAAUAGCCGGAGGAGUGUUAUAUGUUAGCUAAUGAUUGGGCUAAACGGAAAGAAAUGAUGGAUGACAAUUCAUAAAACUCGCAAAAAAAGAAAAGGAGGCUGAUAAGAACUAUCCAACAAAGAAAAAUAUCUGUGCAAAACAAAAGAGCCCUGACAGUCUUGGCGCAAUUAUGAAAGAGCAAAAAAAUAUAUAAAUUAUUUGUCUCCUGGCCUGUCACAUCACUUCUCUUUUCUUAACCGAGCUUAAAAUCUACCAUCAUUCUUCAUUUACCAACUCAGGUAAAUUAAGGCAUGGGUCCCCAAUGAUUCAGUCAAAACGUGAUGGAGGGUGGUCUGUCGCUGCAUGAGUCAGCAUUAGAAAGAUGAGACUUUGUUAGAUACAUACAUGUGUGCACGUGGUUUCUGUCAGUUUCGUGUUUUUCAAUUAUGCCAAUGUUGUCAAGUGACUCCACACGACCAGAAAACAAUAAAAAGUCUUUAAACAAAAAUGGCAACACUUUCUGUUGUGAGUUAUUAAAACGGACUACUUUAGGAAGAUGUAUAAUACAAGCAUCUACAAAACUGUGCUUGGCCAGGAGCCCAUCAGUGGCUUGGCCUUUUUUGAAUUUUUAACUGUUUUAGAAAAUAAACGGUUUUUUGAACUAGACCUAGUUCCCCUAGGCAAUUUUAUCAGAUCUUAACGCCUUCGCUUUUAAAUAUCUAAAAAAAGCCAAACACAGAAGUGAUAUAUUAAACGGCCUUAACAUUACGCAACCGGUAAAAAUAAUUGAGGACACACGAAAAAGUGUUGCCUUUUCAAGAACAAGCUUUUUCAGCCGACAGAGGUCAUGUGACCUAAUUUGCAAAAUUGUAAAGCACGAAAUUGGCACAAACUAAAAAUGUGUGCAGCUGGCAAAGUUUCAUGAGUCCACAUCUAAAGCUCUUAGAUAUAGAGCACCCCUCACUUUCGAAGUGAACAAACUGAGGUAAAUUGAGGCCCAUGCCUUAGUUUACCUGAGAAUGACAAUCAUGUUUCUUUAGUUCUAGCCACAGGGUCUUUUUUGGUAGGGUAAUUUAUCCUAUAUUUAUUCAACCGCUGUUAAGAUCUCGAAACUGGUUUUCACCCAGUAAGGAGCUCGAGGUAUGCUUUAGAAUCCAUAAUAUUUUUUCUUCAUUUCGUUUUAUAACCGGAAAAAGUGAUUACUUAAAGCGAGUUCUUACCAAAAUGCAAGUAAAGCUACCACAAAUAAAAUCAUAAUAGUUCUUUCUUUUUUGACCACAUGGAAACCUCUCUUGUCGGGUACUUUUCAUUCAAUAGGCAGUAUAUUUCGAAACUCGAGAAUUCACUUAUUAUAAAAGCUAUCCGUAUAGGAUACUUCAGAAGCACUUUUGUGAUUUGAUUUUUAAAGACCGAUUAAAACUGCCUUGUUUGUGUAAGCGUAGAUUUUGAUAAGGAACUAGAAUUUAAUUGAACUAAUAUCGGCUUCAGUAAAAAAGACGACGAAGUUUAUUGUGCGAGUUCUCACCCGGGAAACGAAGUUAACUCAAUUUUAACUUCUUCUCUUUGACACUCUAAAAUAUUGAAGCUGAGUUUUUUCAGUUUACUGCUGAAAUUGUGGACAGUUUCAGAUAUAAAGUGAUUACGGAAGUUAUAUGAUAGCGUGAUUUUCUUUUUCUUAAAAGCAUAUUUACGUAAUCAGGUGGGAAUUUACUCAAGUUAACAGCUUAAGUGAUAGAAGCUUCUAUGGAAUCGAUCGGGUGUUUUUUUUAGCGUUCAUUGUUAUCAUUUGAUUGUAAUCUUUUCAACUUUUUUGAAGAUCGCUUAGUUUAGUGCUCUGAUUUCAAAAGACAUAUCCCGCAUCGUCCGAAGAUUCCCUGUACAUAAUAUUGAAGUUAACGAAAAGGCCAUUCGCCGCUUUAAACGAUUCUUCGGCUGCAACAUUUCUCCCACUAAGUGACUGUAUUUACAUUGCACACACAUGAAUACAUGACUUUCCUCCUUUGACUUUUUUUCUCUGUAUUGCUUCUUUUUUUAAGUGCUAUAACAUUUGAUAUUGUUAAGGACGUUGUUAUUUCAGUCUAUCGCUACACUAGACAAUGCAAAUGCUAGCAUAAAAAUCGAUUGUACUGAAAAUGAAAGAAAGUACUUGUCAUUCAGAAAGUUGCAUAUUCCAUAAAUGUAUGCUAUUGUUAAUGCAAACACAGAGCCAAGGACACUAAAACAUUGAUAAUUAAGUUUGUCUUCGUUGAGUCCAUCAGUUUAGACAAGGACAAUCGAAAUUGUUGGUCAGGAGCCGAUAGAGGACUGUGGGCGGUGUAGUUGUGAUAUCAUAAUCACCGUUCUCACAUAAAAACACCCACCCAUUUUAGUUCAUCGCCGGAUUUCGAAAAACUUUCAAGUUUUCCCGAAAUCUGACUGGAAAUCUUAGAAGGUUUCUCUUAUCACGACCAAUUAAGUUGCUACAACCUGAUCUUCGCUCGCACCGUCUUUGUUCUACUUUCUCGGUCAACUCUCUGGAAGUUCUCCUCCUCCUCUGGCAUGAUGUUUCGUCUCUUCGUUGUUGCAUUUCUUCUAAUUCAUGUAGGCCUCAAAGCAAGCUCAACAGGUUGGUAAAUUAUAACUAUUAUUUUUUUUUUUCACAUAGUUCAAGUUAAAGCCUAUUGAUGUUAAUCCAAUUCAGGAACGCAGUAUAGUGGUAAUAAUAGCGUCAUCUUUACUAACAGUGUGACAGGCAUCGACAAUAUACGUAAACUGCCGUGAAUACAAAAAAUACAGUAUAUUACCAAGAUAUCCCACAAAUUGUUAGACUUGAAGAGAAAAACCAUGAAUUUGCUUAGAGGUCUAAGCUAACAAAGACAAGCCACGCUAGAAAUCAAAACUAAAAGGACAUUAUUUAAUUUGUUACAUAAGCUUACUGGCAAUAGAUUCACGUCGAAAUACCUAAGGAUCGUGAUUUUACAUAGUUUUUUGCUUCAUGAAAUCUAUUUACUAUACAUUUUUCGUCAUUUCUAUAUUCGUAUUCUUUACUCUCGGAAAAGCCUGCCAAUAGCAUUUUGCCGGCAGGUGCAAUGGACGAUAUUCGAACGAGACAAUGUGGUUCUAAAUUGUUUGUGUACAUGACUUUAUGAGUUGUCGCCACGUGUUCUUAAUUUCAAUGGCCAUAUUAAUAGACAGAUUGCGUCAGAAAAUUUAUUUUGCUAUAAUAAAAUGUAUUGACUAGCACUUUUUCACGUUAUGCAAAUUUCUUCUGCGAGGAUCCGGCAUUGCUUCGAAUUUUCUCUAAGGUCACUUAUGUAAUUUUUUUUCCUGAAUAAACAUUGAACACCAUUAAGAUGAUUUCGAAUGCUUUAAUUGACUGAUCGACCUUCAAAAUAUCAGCAUUAGAGCCAUGUGUUAUUUAAAACAAUCCUCAAAGUCGUAGCUACUCUGUCUACAGUAUAAUAACAUCAGCACUUAAGUAGGUAGCCACCACUACAAGAAGAGCCUCGAUAACUUUGUCUUCUUGAUCGAGCAAGCGAACGAGACUGCUGGCAGGGUAGAAAGUAGCGGAAAGGGAAGACAAUCUUAGACUGCGAACAGUCUCUUUUUUUUUUCCUUUGAGUGAAGGUAGAACGCGAGAGCGCGCGAGGAGCGAGCGGCGAAGCCACGAGGAACGAGGGCAGAGCCCGAGCAAAGAAAAAGUCCUAGUGAUGAUUAUGAUAAUCAAUUAUUUUUAUUCUAUUUGUUGUUUCCUGUUAUUUUUACUUUCAUAUUUUGUAAUUGGUUGGUGCGUUGCCUAACCGGCUUUUAACAACCUAAUCGUGAUGAUGAUGAUGAUGAUGAUGAUGAUGAUGGCGAGACUGCAAUUCGAUCUUUGAUCAGACGCUUUGCCGCUUUUCACGCCUUUCCCUCUCUCGCCCCACUCUCUACUCCUUUUUUGCCAUUAUUUUCCAUAAUUUUACCUUUUCGCUCGUCGUGCCUGUCUCUUAGGAAAGAAGGACGACAGCUUGUGGUCUAACGGACAAUCUUAAAACUCUUUUUUAUCGUUGUAGGUAAUUCAAAGUAUGUGAAGGUCGGUUGCUUUGAAGAUAGAUUCCAUUCAAGAGCUCUUCCUGAAUUGAUUGCAAACUAUCGUGGCUCAGACCAGUUCGACUGGUUUAAUCUGGAUAAAUAUGUGAAGAAAUGCGCUGAAGAGGCAAAGAAGAGGAAUUAUAUGUUCUUUGGGUAUGUUUAUAUCAAGUCAAGAUACAUAACUAAUAAUAAUAAAUUAAGUAAUAAUAAUAAAUUAGUUACGGAAUUCUUUUGCAAUACAAAUAAGGAAGGACAGCUUAGGUACAGAGAAUGACAAAGGCAACGGAUUCAAGAUUGUUGGUCCUGGAUAAAGAAUACUGAUGAACUGCUUUAUCUUCGUUCUACAAAGACGAGGUCUAUACUGAGAGGUUAGUCGAGUAUAAUUUCGUAUCAGUAGACCUGGUCGUGAUCACCACCGCUUGAAAAGAUCGAGGUUACGAAACUACUAGGCCGAAGGUUAUGGUCGUAUUAAAAAAUUUUUGUUAAUUAUUUGCAGAAUUCAGUUUUAUGGAGAAUGUUGGAGUGGAGUGAAUGCAGCUCUCAGCUAUGAUAAGUACGGUCCCUCCCNUGUGGUCUAACGGACAAUCUUAAAACUCUUUUUUAUCGUUGUAGGUAAUUCAAAGUAUGUGAAGGUCGGUUGCUUUGAAGAUAGAUUCCAUUCAAGAGCUCUUCCUGAAUUGAUUGCAAACUAUCGUGGCUCAGACCAGUUCGACUGGUUUAAUCUGGAUAAAUAUGUGAAGAAAUGCGCUGAAGAGGCAAAGAAGAGGAAUUAUAUGUUCUUUGGGUAUGUUUAUAUCAAGUCAAGAUACAUAACUAAUAAUAAUAAAUUAAGUAAUAAUAAUAAAUUAGUUACGGAAUUCUUUUGCAAUACAAAUAAGGAAGGACAGCUUAGGUACAGAGAAUGACAAAGGCAACGGAUUCAAGAUUGUUGGUCCUGGAUAAAGAAUACUGAUGAACUGCUUUAUCUUCGUUCUACAAAGACGAGGUCUAUACUGAGAGGUUAGUCGAGUAUAAUUUCGUAUCAGUAGACCUGGUCGUGAUCACCACCGCUUGAAAAGAUCGAGGUUACGAAACUACUAGGCCGAAGGUUAUGGUCGUAUUAAAAAAUUUUUGUUAAUUAUUUGCAGAAUUCAGUUUUAUGGAGAAUGUUGGAGUGGAGUGAAUGCAGCUCUCAGCUAUGAUAAGUACGGUCCCUCCCCUCGAUGCAUACAAAACGUGGGCAUGGACCUAGCCAAUUUCGUCUAUAGAUUUGUAGGGGAAGGUGAGUUUUCGGUUACGUCAUAGCCUUUAAAUACAGCCAAUCCUCUUCUAUUUCUUUUAAUUUGUUGCACGCGUGGAGCAAAGAGAAUAGGAGAAGUUUCAGUGGACGAAGGCUACAGCUAAGGCUUUUCUUUGCCAAUUUAGAUAGUAACUCUGGUAUAAUGUAAUGUCGUGGAUUAUAAUUAGAGACAACAAGACGCGCCCUCUUUUCAUUGACAAUAAGCUCGGACGUUAGCAUACAAGGGCGACACUGGCAGCCUGAUAUUAAAGUUUUUGAAACGUGCGUGGUGGUAAAAAUAGUUUUAAUUCUACGAACAGCUGCCAGUGUAUUUAAAAACAUAUUCCUGUGGAUAAUGUGAAGAUUUUCGUUUAGUUUUGCAUGAUUAAUGUGCUCUGUGCAUGAAGCGAUCAAGUUAGCGCUACCCCCGUCGGGUUUGCCAUUUGCUCAAUGGAUUAAAUUGCCUGUAGACAUGCAGCGCGCAUGUGCUUAAAAACGUCUUCACCUCUUUACAUUCAUGUCACCUGAAUCAGACUGUUAUCUGCCCCCUUUUCAGAAAACGAAUGCCUGCAUUACACCAUCCUUAAAUCCUCUGAUCGUGCCUCAUCAUUCAAACUACCCACGGGUGUCUCACCGUCUUGUGAUAAGGAUCUUCCUCUUAAAUGGUACCGCUUCAUGCUACCAGCAGGAACCAAAAUUGCUUCAACCUGUAUUCCAUCCCAGCGAUGCAACACUGUAGUUACUGGGUGGUUGAAAACGGCCCAUCCUAAAUCCACUGAUGGCAUCGAUAGCGGGGAGAUCUGUUUCCGUUGGCAAUCUAAUUGCUGUCAAUGGUCUCAAAACAUUUACGUUCGAAACUGCGGCAGGUUCUAUGUCUACAAGCUUCCACACACCAUAGGUUGUCCUAUGCGCUAUUGUGGACAGCCAUGA